AUGAAAGUAUUAAUUGCUUUAUCUUUAAUUUUAUUAAUAGUAAACGCCACUAUGGUUGUUGAAAAAAGAAUCAUAACUAAGAACAUUAUAUAAUAAUUAUCCAAAAGCCGUUUCGGUAAAAACGUUUUCACCGCCAUCUAAUUAGAACUUUCUUCCAAAAAUACUGAUAACAUCGUUAACAGAAUCCUCUAAUUACUCCACGAACUCGACGAAACCUUAAGAAAAUAAUUCGAAUAGACCUCAGAUGAUCUCUAAGCCAAAUAAGACUGGUGUAAGACUGAAUUAGACUCUUUAAAAGAACAAUUAGAAUCCAAAAAAGAAAAAUUAGAAGCCCUAAACAUCUAAAUUCCUACUUUACAAAGUCAAUUAUCUGAAAAAAAAGAAGAAUUAUAAUCAGAAAAAGACUCAGAAUCCCGUGCCGUAUAAUUAUUAAGAGAAUUAUUAGAAUAAGACAGUGAAGGAAAACACGCUUAUGAAUUAUAAAGAGAUCAUAUUAACAAUAUGGCCGAAGCCUUAAAAGAAGCAAGAAGAUUAAUUUCUUAAUUAUAAAGAGGAACUUUCCUUUAAAAAUCAGGAAAUGUCUUAGCUGAAUUAAAAGCUCAUCAUACCAGUUUUUCCAAAAUUUUAUCCCCAUCUAAUAAAUAGAUCUUCAAUAUUUUAAUGAAUAUGUCCCAAAACGUUGAUAUUUUAGCUGAUUAAGUUAAAGUUAAUACUGUUAUUACUAUAAUUGACGAUUUAUUAGCUCAUUAAAUUGAAACAUUAUAAUUUUUGGAAAAUUCAGAAAAAUAGAGACAAAACGAAGUCAGUGAAAAAAAAUAAAACUUCGAAUUAUAAAGAGAUAAUGCUCAUGCUAAUAUCCUUAAAAUCACUUCCGAAAUAUCAAACUUAUAAUCUAAUCAUAACUAAGCUACUCAUGAUAAAGAAGUCAUUUCUGAAGAUUUACGUAUUUUAUAAGAAAGACUAGAAAGUACUUUCAAUGCUUGCAAUGAUUCCAUUAAUAAUUUAUCUAAAGAAUUGGAAAAUCUUUCUGAAGAAGUUAGUAUUGUUAAAUAAGUUAUUGAAAUCUUCGAAAGUCAUCCCAUUUAAGAUAUCAAGCCUACACAAAAAAUAAACAUGUUUGUUGAUUACAGCAAUAGUGAAUCCGAAUCCGAAAUUAAUAAAUAAAACCAUAAAUAGAAAAUAAACCCAGACGUAAGUACCCUUAAACUCUAAGAAGAGCAAAACCAAUUAAAAAAUAAAUAACUCCAAGAAUUAAAAUAAAUAGAAUAAUAAUUAACCCGACCUCAUCAUACAUCUGGAAAAGUAGACAUAUGUCAUAUAAAUAGUUAUAGUUUUGACCAGCAAUUUUAUAAUUUUAAAAAUAGAGGAUAUGCAUAUGAUCCUACAACAGAAGAAAACCGUUUAAUUGUAAAUGAUUCCAAAUUUCCAGAAUUAGCUUAAAAAAUCUUCCAUGGAUAAUCCAUUGAUCCAACCCAUUUAGAUAAUUAGGGAGUUUUUGUUUCUUAAUCAAAAGAAGAAAAAGUAAGAAGCAAGGAUUUAAAGAAAAAAAGAUUCAAAUCAGGAACUGUUACAAACGGAAAUUACUAAGGACCUUGGGCAAAUUAUGAAGGAGAAGUUAUAAAACAACCCGAAUUAACCCAAGAAGAGAAACUUAAAUUAGAGACUAAAGAAAUAGAAAAUAAAAAACAAAAAGAAGAAUAAUAAAGAAAUAAAGAAAAGGAAAAUUCCGAAACUGAAGAUAACGAAGAUUCUAAAAAAACCAAAAAAGCCUAAAAAAACAAAAAUGAUGCAACAUCUAUAUUCCAUGACGCUAUUCCAUUCUAUGAUUAUAAAGGUAGAAGUUUCGUCCAUCCACCCGUAGAUUUAAAAUAAAGAGAACAUAUGUGUUAUAUUCCCAAAAAAUAAGUUCAUUGUUGGACUGGUCAUACAAAAGGAGUUUAAGCGAUAAGAUUUUUUCCCAAAUUUGGUCAUUUAUUAUUAUCUGCAUCUUUAGAUACUACAGUAAAAUUAUGGGAUGUAAUAAAUAAUAAGAAAUGUGUAAGAACAUAUAUGGGACAUAAUUAAGCAGUAAGAGAUAUUGAAUUUACAAAUGAUGGUUUACAUUUCUUAUCUUGUUCAUAUGAUAAGAAUGUGAUUUAUUGGGAUACUGAAACCGGAAAGGCAAUAAAGACUUUUAAUAUAAAAAAAUUCCCAUAUUAAGCCAGAUUUAAUCCCGAAUAAAGUAAAUAACAUGCAUUUCUUUUAGCUUCUUCUAAUAAAAAAAUCUCCUAAUAUGAUGUCCGAAGUGGAAAUAGGACCUAAGUAUAUGACGAACAUUUAGGAGCUGUAAACACAGUCACAUUUAUAGAUGCAGGAAGAAAAUUUGUAUCAAGUUCAGAUGAUAAGAAAGUCUUUUUAUGGGAGUUUGGUAUUCCUGUAGUCAUCAAGCAUCUUGCAGAACCGGAUAUGAGGGCUAUUACUAAUACAGUUAUUCACCCUUAAGAGAAGUUUUUUGCUGGUUAAUGUUCUGAUAAUAAAGUAUAAAUAUAUGAUACUAAAGGAGGAAAUUUUAGAUUAAAUAGAAAGAAAGUCUUCUAAGGACAUUCUUCAUUAGGAUAUGCUAUAGGAAUAGACUUUUCACCAGAUGGAUAAUUUUUAGCUUCAGGUGAUGCUGAGGGAAGGGCUUUUUUCUGGGAUUGGAAAACUUGUAAAAACUAUAGAGUUAUUUAGGCACAUGAUGGGGUUUGUAUAGAUGUUAGAUGGCAUCCUAUUGAAUAAUCUAAAGUAGCAACUUGUGGGUGGGAUGGUUUAAUUAAAUAUUGGGAUUGA